CAUUGCAGUAUUUUUCAUAUAGAUCUAGCCGGUCUAGGAGACAAGAUGUGUGACACAGACGGUGUGUAUGAUACAGAAAUCUUUGAGGCGGAUCCAGUAUUUAAAAAGGCGUGUGAGGAAAUUAACGAGAAAGGUUUUUCCCCCACCCUCAUUAAGGAUGUCCUGAAGAGCAAGAUUCAGUUAAGGCGCGUCUCGAUUGGCCAGGAGGAACUGAGGGUAGAAAAACGACCAUAUGUAAAACAUCCACUUACACCAGAUGAGCAAUACAGAAACGAGGCGAGGAAAAAGUGCAACCGGGUAUCGGCAAAAAAAUGCAGACAAAAGAAAAAACAACAGUAUGAACAGAUUUUUGAUAAACUGAAAGAUCAAGAACAAACAAAUGAGGAUCUGAAACGACAAGUGUCAGAAAUGGAAUCGGAAAAAGCCAAAAUGUUGAAAAUCUUGGGCGAAACUUAUUCACACAUAUGUGGACAGACAAUUACACCAGAAAAUGUCAUGGAUGUUGUAAGACUCGAUAUUCAAAAUGACCCGGAUGUCUCGCACCUCCAGAGUGACCAUAACGCCCCGAAUAUACAAAACAUUAAACCCCCCACGGAUCAGUGUCACGCAGUCAUUUCUCCAAACACAUCAAAUUUCUGUCCAUCUUCAGAAGAAAUAACAUUCCCGGUUACUUCGGACUUUACGACGCAAACUAAGGAUAUUUUCGCUGUUCAACAAUUGGUCAACCUCGGUGCAGAGAUUCCCGAGGGACCAAACAUUGAAAACUAUUUGACAUGUGUCUCGGAAGAAAAUGUCAGUGACUGUUCUAACGAAUGGAAUGAGUUUUUUGCAGCUGAGAUUCAAUAUGGAAGUUAAUUUCACAUGGAGUGCUAAAAUAUCAGUCAACUUUUUAUUUUGUUAUCCUUAGAAAAGGGGGAGGUGUGUAUAUCAUUUUUAUGUUGUUUUGCAAUGUACGAUAUACAAAAUAUCUUAUGUUCAUAUUUCUGAUUAAAACAUUGGUCAAUAUU